AUGGAUUCUGAUGAUGGUGGUGCAAAGCGAACGGGCAGAGGGCGCGGACGCGCAAGAGGCACCCGGGGACGUGGUCGGGGACGUGGACGUGGCCGUGGCAAGAAAGCAACCCGUGUAAUCUCAUCCGACGAGGAAGAGGAGGUCGCAUCGCCAGAACCGGAAAAGGAAAACACGGCACAGCCGGAAAAAUCAGCUGCUCCGGCUGCAGCUACCUCCGGGAAACGGCGGAGCGUCGAGCAGGAACCGGUAAAGGAACCGGCACUGGUUGCACCACCACCAACAGCUACCACACAACAACCUGCCGAGCAGAAUCCGGAACCGGCAUUACCGGAUACGAGCAUUCUUCCGGCUCCAACCAGCGCUCCGCUCAUCAUCGACAUGGAGGCAGACAUUUCGCAGCUGGAAGCACCCACCUUCACCACGAUCAGCCGUGGCCCACCGGAACCGAUGUUGCGCCUCAACUGGAACCAUAAGGUCAAUCUGAUCGGUGAGAAGGUGCUCAAUCCGAUGAUCUACUGUUGCGAUCAGUGCGACAAUCCGAUCCUGAUCUAUGGGCGGAUGAUACCUUGCAAGCAUGUGUUUUGUUUGCAGUGUGCCCGUUCCGAUACGCUGAAGGCUUGUCCUCGCUGCAAAGAAAAGGUGGUCCGAGUGGAACAGACUCGACUGGGAACUGUUUUCAUGUGUACACACGGUGGUACACGGUACGGCAAUACAGGCUGCCGACGUACGUAUCUGUCCCAGCGCGAUCUGCAGGCACACAUCAAUCACCGACACGUGACAAAUCCUGCUCCACCUACUCCGCUGACACCCGCCCAAACAUCGAUGCAACCGCUUGUUAUUCCAGCGGGACAUCAAACGGUUCCGGUUCAACCGAUGGAACUGUCGCCCAUGAGUAAGAUGCUGUCGGACAAGGUGAACUCCGGUGGAGUUGCUCCACAGCGCAAAAACUCCAGCGAACAGCUUAAUUCACCACGGGCUGGUAUGAUGCGGCAGGCUGAGCUGGGCGAAGGAUAUUACGGUUACGGGAACACUAGCGUAGCGCAACAACAUUUGUCCCGUACCGGUUACUCGCCGUAUGGACAUCAGACUUCAUCACCCCAGCAACAGCAGCAGCAGCAGCAACCGUCGUCCGGAUCGUCGUCUUUGUGGAAUCAAUCUUCCAACCAGUACUAUCGCUAA